AAACCAAGACCUCCACCAAGCAUACUUCCACUAGAAUCAGAAAAAUGGCUCUCUCAUCAAACAUGGCCAUGGCCAUGUGUUUCUUCAUGGCUCUAACUCCCAUUUGCUUCUCUAAGAUCACCAAUGGAGGUUACCUCUACCCACAGUUCUAUGAUCAAUCAUGCCCACAAGCCACCAAUAUAGUUCGUUCCAUAGUAGCACAAGCAGUUGCACAAGAUGCUCUCAUGGCUGCUUCUUUACUUAGGCUUCAUUUCCAUGAUUGCUUCGUUAAGGGUUGUGAUGCAUCAAUAUUAUUAGACGAUGGUGGUAGCCGCAACAUAAUCAGCGAGAAAGGGUCCGCCCCCAACCGCAACUCGGUUCGUGGAUUUGAAAUCAUCGAUGAGAUCAAAGCUGCACUGGAGGCGGUCUGUCCACAGACCGUCUCCUGUGCAGAUAUCUUGGCUCUGGCAGCCAAAGACUCUACCGUUCUGAGUGGUGGACCCAGCUGGGAAGUUCCUGCGGGAAGAAGGGACUCAUUGGGUGCAAGUUUGCGUGGGUCUAACCACAAUAUUCCAGCUCCAAACAACACUUUCCAAACCAUUCUCACCAAAUUCAAGCUCAAGGGUCUUGACAUUAUCGAUCUUGUAGCACUUUCGGGGAGUCACACAAUUGGAAAAGCGAGGUGUGGCAGCUUCAAGCAAAGGCUGUAUAGCAAUAAGGAGCAGAACGACCAAUUGUUUGCUGCUCAACUGCGUGCAAACUGUCCUCAAUCGGGUGGUGAUGAGAACCUGUUUUUUCUGGAUAAUGUGACCCCAACAAAGUUUGACAAUGGCUACUACAAGAAUUUGAUGGAUUCAAAAGGGGUGUUGAGCUCUGAUCAGAUAUUGUUUACAGAAAACCAAGAGACUAUGAAGCUUGUGAAGGAGUAUGCUGCAGAUGAAGACAUGUUUUUCAUGCAGUUUGCGAAGUCAAUGGUUAAGAUGGGAAACAUUAGUCCCUUGACAGGAUUCAGAGGAGAAAUCAGAAAGACUUGUAGGAAUGUCAACGGGUAAUAUCUUUUUAAGGAUUUUGUUCAAAUGGUUAAAUACUACUAGAAGGAAGUAUUGAGUUUGAAUCUGUCACGCUAUAAAUUACUCACAUUUGAGAUUUAUUUUCUUAAAAAAGAUACCAUGUAGUAUAUGUAG